GAUAACAGUUUACACUAUGCCCAGCACUGGACUGAAACAGCGAUGUGCAAAGCCCUGAGCAAACGCAGUCAGUGGGAGAUGGAAGGAUUGAGGGGGGGAGAGGGCUCCUCCAGUAACCAGUGCAGGAAUUUUCUUUCUACUCCCGCUGUGUUUGGUACUUCAUCCAGCAGAACAGGAUCUGGCUUAGCCUACCCUGGUCCUGAGAGGUCCAAUUCUACACGAUCUGAGCCCACUAAAGAAGGUCCCCCGUGUCCAGCUUCUUCUGGGCCGUCUGCCCCAUCUUUGGGAUAUGGUUACCACUUUGGGAACGGAUAUUACAGUUGUCGUAUGUCUCAUGGUGUUGGUCUGCAGCAGAGCACCCUUAAAUCAUCCAGCCACCCCCCCAUAGGCGGGUUUCCAGUGGAGAAAUACAUGGACGUAUCUAGUCUGGCUAGUACAAGUGUCCCCAGCAGCGACGUGUCUUCAAGGGCCAAGGAAGUGUCUUAUUUCCAGGGUUAUACCAACCCGUACCAACAUGUUCCAGGAUAUUUAGAUAUGGUGUCAACUUUUGGCUCUGGAGAGCCUAGACAUGAGACUUACAUAUCAAUGGAAGGCUAUCAGUCAUGGACUCUGGCUAAUGGCUGGAACAGUCAAGUUUAUUGUAAAGAUCAGUCCCAAGCCUCGCAUUUCUGGAAGUCGUCUUUCCCAGGAGAUGUUACAUUGAACCAACCAGACAUGUGUGUCUACAGGCGUGGAAGGAAGAAGAGAGUCCCUUACACCAAACUUCAAUUGAAAGAACUGGAGAACGAAUAUGCCCUCAACAAGUUCAUUAACAAGGACAAAAGGAGAAGAAUUUCGGCGGCUACAAAUCUGUCUGAAAGACAAGUCACGAUAUGGUUUCAAAACAGGAGAGUAAAGGACAAAAAAAUAGUUUCCAAACUUAAGGACAAUAUCUCUUGAUCUUCUGGAUCAUAUUUCCAAAUAAUCUUUUUUAAAACCUGAAACUAUUUAUGUAUGGAAUGUGUGUAUUACACAGACAAUUUUCAGUCUUAUCUUUACAACUACAUCAGUUUUUCCCCAACCAGUUACUCAUCUUUAUUCUAUUUUUGUACUGUAUUUUACCGCCCAUAGUCCUUAUUAAGGGACCAUUUGAAAAUCGUAUGUACCGACUACCUGGUGUGGAAGUGACUUUUGUAAAUGAUUAUACUGAUCGCAUGUGUAUCUCUCAUCAUGGGAAACCGUUGUGUCUCAGGAAUAAUUCGGUAUUGAAUGGCAUCAAUAUUUAACCACAGAGGCCACUGGGAAACCCUGAAAUUCGAGAAAAUGUUAUAUUUGCAUGCAUUUCAGAUCUGUAUAGAGUGUAUAAAUUAUAAUCACAUUUUGGCACUGCCUACCCUGCCAAAUUUCCAUUUUGACAAAAUUUAGUAUUGUGCUACAAUUAACAUAUUUUAAAUAUUUUUUUAAUAUUAUUCCCUCUUCAAAAAAUAAAACAUUGAUCAAUCUUUGAUUUUUUUAAGCCAAACCACAAAUGUAUUUCUUCAAUUAGAUGUUGUGAAAGUCAUUUCCCAUUACAGUAUAACAUUUUGUAACAAAAUAUGUAUAAUUUUUUUUUAUAUGAUACCUACAUGGUGUCUUGUGGCAACUUGUUUCCUCCUGUAAUCCAAAAAAUAAACCAAGCACUAGUUACAUCCA